AUGGAUGGAGUCGAAAGCAAAUCAGGUCGGUUCACAGGUGUAUUUGUGAUUGGAUGUUCAAGCAGAGUAGAUCUCAUAGACAGUGCGUUGUUACGUCCAGGAAGAUUCGAUCAUGUUUUGGAAUGCCGUGUGCCAAAUGAGGAACUCAAACACUGCGAUGUCAUGAAGUGA